UUUGUCAGAUUCAAACGAUCGAGCCGGAGAAUGAAGGUGACCGCUGUACUACUGCUCGCGCUGGUUGCCCUUGUGGCAUCAGACGAUAUUGACUGGAGCAAAGUGCGACCGAUCUCGCGCAUGCCACGCUACUGGCGACGCAUUCCGAAACAACUGAUCCGUCAAAUGGUCAGCGAUUUGGAGGAUUUCCCGAGACACAGACCGGACGGAAGAAUAGUUGGUGGAUACGAAGCCACUCCCGGCCAGUUUCCAUACCAGGCUGUGUUGAUUUCCCAGUUUCCCGAGGGUGGCGCACUGUGUGGAGGUUCUAUCCUCAGUGCGAACUUCAUUCUAACUGCUGCCCAUUGUGUCGAUCAAGCGAGCGGAGGUACUGCCAUUCUGGGCGCCCAAGAUCGUACGAAUGCUGAUGAAGUGGGACAGGUACGAAUUCCGUUCGAUCAAUCAGGAAUCUACUACCACGAGGACUGGACUCCGGAAUUGAUUCGUAACGAUAUUGCAACGGUUCGUCUGCAAAGUCCAGUUACGUUCACUGAUCGCAUUCAACCCGUUACGUUGCCAACCUGGAGUGAUGUAGAGAACGAUUUCGCCGGUAUCACCGGAACAGUAUCGGGAUUCGGACGCUUCUCGGAUGAUAUAGCCCAAGCUUCGGAUAUUCUGCGGUAUGUCACCAAUCCGAUCCAAACCAAUACGGCGUGCAACAUUCGAUUCCUGGGAUUGAUUCAGCCGGAGAACAUUUGCCUGGCCGGCGAUAAUGGACGGGGUGCUUGCAGCGGUGAUUCCGGUGGUCCUCUAACGAUUUCGCGUGGUGGCGAUACCGUGCAAGUCGGUGUCGUUUCGUUCGGUCUGGCACUGGGAUGCGAACGCAACUGGCCGUCCGCGUUUGCCCGUACCACCUCGUUCCUGCAGUGGAUUCAGGCCCGCUCGGAUGUGAUCAUUCAAGCUUAGAUAUGUUGAGCUGGCGGCUAUAAGACAGUUUUUUAAUGACGAAUGAUCAAAAGUUUUAGAUUGUAAAUUGACAUUAAUAAACCAGUACGAUUUGUUAUGAGUUAAA